GGGCGCGUGCGUGCAGCGGUGUUUCUGUGGGAGAUAAGGUGAAACACAUCCUGCGACCAUUCGGCGAGAUUUCUUUUUUUUUUUUUUACCAAGAUGUUUGAAUUUAUAAAUUCCCUCAACAUGGCUUCCAGGUUUCGGUGGAGGACAUACAAGGCGAUAGUUUUGAUGGUUCUUGUGGCUGUGCUGAUGGUCAGCGUGUUUCAGAGAGGACUCGUCAGCAGCGGAGGGGACAUACAGAUCGAGAGGAAUGCACGCAUGCAGAGGGAAACGAUAAAUUAUUGGAAAGCAAAGCCGGACAAUUCAGCUGAAACCACCGUAGCACCAGUGUAUGAACGAGACAUAGUCAGAACAUGGGACAUCACAAGCACAAACUGCAGCAUUAACAAGAAUGUUACUUCUACAGAAGGUUUCAAAACUCUGGGGCAGAACUUUCAACAGUUUCUUCUCUACAGACACUGCAGAUAUUUCCCCAUGAUCAUGAACCACCCAGAGAAAUGUUCUGGAGAGGUGCACCUCCUCCUAGUGAUAAAAUCCAUCAUAUCACAGCACGACAGACGCGAAGUGAUCCGGCAAACCUGGGGAAAGGAGCAGGUCAUAGACGGCAAGAAGAUCAAGUUGCUGUUCCUGUUGGGAACUUCUACAAAUGAAGUGGAGAAGGCGAACCACCAGAAGCUUCUGGAAUAUGAGGAUUAUAUCUACGGUGACAUCCUGCAGUGGGAUUUCAUGGAUACAUUCUUCAACCUCACGUUAAAGGAGACGCACUUCCUGAAAUGGUUCUCCAUCUACUGCGGGAACGUGCAAUACAUCUUUAAAGGGGACGACGAUGUCUUCGUUGGCGUGACAAACAUUCUGGAGUAUCUGGAGAGCAGUAAGAACACGAAGGACUUGUUUGCCGGUGACGUCCUGUUCAAAGCGAGACCUAUCAGAAAGAAAGAGAACAAGUAUUACAUCCCGCCUACGCUGUAUAACAAGACACAAUACCCACCUUACGCAGGAGGCGGAGGUUUCUUGAUGGACGGUCCGCUGGCACGGCGGCUCUAUGUGACGUCAGAAACACUGGAGUUGUUUCCGAUCGACGACGUGUUUCUCGGAAUGUGCUUAGAGGUGCUAAAGGUGACACCUAUAAGACACAACGCGUUUAAAACUUUUGGUCUCUUGAAGGAUAAAAAAAGCAAACUGAACAAUGAGCCAUGUUUCUUCAAGAGCAUGAUCGUGGUUCAUAAACUCCUCCCUCCAAAACUUCUGGAAAUGUGGAGGUUGGUCCACAGUAACCUUGUGUGCACGGUCAACCACGGGCUGAUGUGGGAAGUUGCAAAAGACCAGCAGCAGCAGUUAUAGCAAUGUUACGGAGCGUUAACUAGAUUUGAUGUAACCAAACCCGAGUCUUAACAUGAAAUACAAAAGAGGACCUUUUUAAAUGGAACCGACUUUCACAUUUUUCCGUUUUCUCAAAAAUAAUGGCGCCCCAUAAAUUCCUUUAGCUUAGGUUCCAGUAUAAAUAAUAUCGAUCCCAUCACUGAAUGUAUUAAGUUGCUUUUAAAUGGAAGGGCACUGGUUCAGACAUUCUCAUAUCGUUAUUCUCUCAACCAUUUACCUAAAAACCAGCUAGCGAAUGAUUAUUUUUGCUAACAGUUGCAUAUGUGUCUUAUUCUUUUGCGGCAAAUGUUUACAUAAAGGUCAGCGAGUUCCUUCACUGUGCUUGCAAACUUAGUGUGCUGUCUGAACAGUGACACAAAAGAAAUUUCAGCAGGAUGAAAGCAGCAUUGCUCGUCCUUCCUGGAGAAAGCACUUUGACACGAAACCUGUGUGUUUCAGGAACGCUAAAAAAGAAAUAGUUGAAGAAUUCUUUUUUAAGUGACGUAUUGUUAUUUUAUAUGGUACACUUUGGUGAUAUUGGGUGAUUAUUGUGGUUUCUUUUUGGGGGGGCUAUCACACCGUACUGAUUUCUGAAUGUAUUUAAAGAAGCAUUAGAUGUUCUAAUGAAGCAGAAGGGAACAAAAACAUCUCUACCUCACUCAUGGUGUUCUGAAGGCUAAAAUGAAACUUUCUUUCUUUCUUUCUUUCUUUCUUUCUUUCUUUCUUUCUUUCUUUCUUUCUUUCUUUCUUUCUUUCUUUCUUUCUUUCUUUCUUUCUUUCUUUCUUUCUUUCUUUCUUUCUUUCUUUCUUUCUUUCUUUCUUUCUUUCUUUCUUUCUCACUUACUUAAAUUUCAUGCACUUUCCCUUGAUCAGCUCGGGUGAGGUUUCUUAGAUGAACGUAAAAGAAUCGACGUGACUUGCAAAGCAGCCAGGAGGAGAAGAGUAACUCUGACCUGAUGCAGCCACCACCAUGCUUUCAUUUUGUUUGUAACAGUACAAAGUGGGGGAGGUUUGAAAGGGGUGAAUACUCCUACAAGGUACUGUAUACCGGAGCAAUAAAAGAUUUUAUUGUUCAGCUAGGUAUGUUAUCAUGUAGUGAAUAUGUAACUGUCAAUUAUUUAGGAAAGUGUACACUACACUAAAAAUGCGUAAGAUGUUCAAAGGUACUUUACAGGCGAGCAUUUAAUUAUGUCCAGUCUGCCUCUUCAUGUCUGUGCCAUUGUGUCUUUUGUUCUGUCUGUGUUUUGUGUUGUUCACUGUUUAUCAGUGUAAAAUAUUAGUAAAUGUGUAUAAAUCUGCAUCUCAAAUCACACACCUGAAACAUAAAAAUGCCUAAAGUGUAGUUCAUACUGUAGAAAAAGUUGGUGCACUUCAUUUGAAGUUAAAAGUGUCUCAAUUUAUUUUGUUUAGUAUAUGUUGUGUGGAUCAUUUUUUGUUUUACUUUAUUUAUUUGUAUUUGUGACAGUAACACUACAUUUAGGGUGCACACUCAUGUCCUGUUGAAUAUACGUGUGUGAUUUGAAACACAGCAGACAUAUUAUUAUUGACAUUUUCCAGCUCCACAGGGUAAUAAUGUGAUUCUAGGUUAUAUUACUGUAGUUAUAAAACCCACUAAGGACAGGUGUCUCGUUUUUUAGAUGCUGUACAUUAUUAACUGUGAAAUGAAUAAAUACUCUUGUACAUAAAUUAAAGAUAGACUAGUCUGAAGGUUUAGGGUCUGUUAAUAUUUCAUGUUUUUUUUUGUUUUUGUUUUUUAAAUUAUGCACCUUUUAUAAAUUCUGACUUGAAAUUAUUGAAAUUGUUGAAAUCAGCCAGAAUGUGGAGAGAAUAAUUGUCAAUAAAGAUCUAUAAAGACGAA